CGACGGGCCGGUCGUUGGGGGGCUUCCCGCCUCGCCCCAGGCUGCCGGCAGCCGUGGCGGCCGCCGGGGACCGCAAAGGUCGGAGGAAAGCAGGGAGCGGAGGGGGCCGGCCCCGGCACGCUGAGGAGCAGCAGAGUAUGCCCCGAGACAACAUGGCCUCCUUAAUCCAGCGGAUCGCCCGCCAAGCGUGCCUCACCUUCCGGGGCAGCGGGGGCGGCCGCAGCGCUUCCGACCGCGGCGCGGCGCCAGGCCGCGAGGCUGCAGUGUCGCCGGGCUUCCCGGAGAACCUGAGCAAACUAAAGAGCCUGCUGACCCAGGUCCGCGCCGAGGACCUGAACAUCGCCCCGCGCAAGGCCCCGCUGCAGCCGCUGCCACCCAACCGGCCGCCGGUCACCUACAUGCACAUCUACGAGACGAACGGCUUCAGCCUUGGCGUCUUCCUGCUGAAAAGCGGCACGUCCAUCCCGCUGCACGACCACCCGGGCAUGCACGGCAUGCUGAAGGUGCUCUACGGCACGGUGCGCAUCAGCUGCAUGGACAAGUUGGAGGCGGGCGGCGGGCAGCGGCCGUGGGCCCCUCCGCCUGAGCAGCAGUUCGAGCCGCCGCUGCAGGCCCGGGAGCGGGACGCCUUGAGGCCGGGUGUGCUGCGCUCGCGGGCCGAGUACACCGAGGCCAGCGGCCCCUGCGUCCUCACGCCGCACCGGGACAACCUGCACCAGAUCGACGCCGUGGAUGGACCCGCCGCCUUCCUGGACAUCCUGGCCCCACCCUACGACCCCGACGACGGCCGGGACUGCCACUAUUACCGGGUGCUGGAGCCAGUCGGGCCCAAGGAGGCCACCGGCUCGGCUUCUGACCUGCCCCGAGAGGUAUGGCUCCUGGAGACCCCGCAAUCCGAUGACUUCUGGUGCGAAGGGGAACCCUAUCCAGGUCCCAAGGUCUUCCCGUGAAGCUGGUGCCUAGGAGCGGUGGCCCCAAGACAUGCCCAUCCUGAUCUGGACCAGGCUGCACGCAACCCACAAGGGCUUUCUUUCUACCCCCCUGCUUUGGCGUUGGAUCUACUGGAAUGGGCAGUAGCUGCUUCCUCAGGAGUCUUGGGAAGCGCGGGCGAUUGGACUGCAGCCACCGGCACGGUUAAAGGGGCGGGGUAGGCGGGGAGGCUAGUUUGCUUCCUGGCGCUGUCACUGCCACCGGGGGUUUUGUUUUU